AUGGAAUCGAGUUUUUCGUUCAUCGAUCAAGCUCUCCUUGUGAGCUUCCCUCACUUCCUCGCAGCAUCAGCUUGCGUCCUCAUAGCUGUAUUUGGUUACUAUUUCUUCAGACCAAGAUGUAUAUACCUCAUUGACUUCUCAUGUUAUCAACCUCCAGACUUCUUGCGAGCUCCGGUCUCCAAUUUCAUCGAGCAUCUUACGAUAUCCGGUGUGUUUGAUCAAGAAAGCCUUGAUCUUCAGCAGAAGAUUCUAGAGCGGUCAGGGAUCGGAGAUGACGCGAGCGUGCCUGUGACAGUCCACGAGAUUCCACCAAACUCUUCUCUCUCUGCAGCUAGAGAAGAAACUCAUGAGAUCCUCUUUACUAUAGUCGAAGACCUUUUCUCAAAGCAUAAGAUAGAUCCAAAGAGUAUUGACAUCCUUGUGUCUAACUGCAGCCUAUUCUGUCCUUCUCCAUCCAUAACCGCUAUGAUUAUAAACAGGUUUGGCAUGAGGAGCAACGUAAAGAGCUUCAGCUUGAGUGGAAUGGGCUGCAGCGCGGGGCUUCUUUCGAUAAACCUCGUAAAAGAUCUUAUGAAGAUUCAUGGUGACUCUUUGGCCCUAGUGUUGAGCAUGGAAGCGGUGAGUCCAAAUGGUUACAAAGGAAAGUGCAAGUCAAUGCUCAUUGCUAACACCAUAUUCAGAAUGGGUGGUGCGGCUAUUCUUCUCUCCAACAAGAAGCAAGAUAAGCAUAAGGCGAAAUACAAACUCCAGCAUCUUAUUAGAACUCAUGUCGGAUCAGACAAUGAAUCCUAUGAGAGUGUAAUGCAGCAGAUUGAUGAGGAAGGACUAGUUGGAGUAGCUUUGUCCAAGCAACUUGUCAAGGUAGCAUCAAAGGCCCUGAAGAUCAACGUGGUCGAAUUAGGCCCUCGGGUGCUACCUUACUCAGAGCAGCUCAAAUACGUAAUCUCAUUCAUCCAAAGAAAAUGGGGAUUGCACAAGGAGGUAUACACACCCAACUUCAAGAAAGCUUUUGAGCAUUUCUGUAUACAUGCCGGAGGAAGGGCGAUAAUCGAGGGAGUGGAAAAGCAUCUGAAGCUAGACAAAGAAGAUGGAGAAGCGUCAAGGACAACGCUGUACCGAUAUGGGAACACAUCUUCGUCUUCACUGUGGUAUGAGCUGCAAUACUUGGAGGCGAAAGGUAGAAUGAAAAAGGGAGAUCGUGUAUGGCAGAUUGGUUUUGGGAGUGGGUUUAAGGCUAACAGUGCUGUUUGGAAAUGCAUUUCCGAGAUCGAUUCAAGAGACAUGAAUGCAUGGUCUGAUCGAAUCCAUUUGUAUCCGGUCUGUGGAGAUGCUUCAAGUGAAUUGACGACAAAGCUCCUUUCUUGA